GUCACCUGUCACUUGUACUCAUUGACUUGUUUCACCGCUACCCAACCUGCUUUGAUAUACAGAUUUUAUUCUACAUAUGCUAUCGUUGCUGCAAUAUGGCCACAACUCAGUAGACCACGUGCAGCUCCGGCUGCGUGAGUCUCCAUUCGUUCGAUCCUCUUUACCGAACGAUCUGCUGAAAUAUCAAAAUGGCUUGGAAGCCGACUGGACCAUGGAAAGGGCCCAAGCAGCUCAACACCAAAACUAAUGACCCAACUUAUCCCGGGCUGAAGCCCGCCAGCCCGGAUGUAGGACCCAAGACGCAAUACACUGACGUUCAGAAUGAGGAGAUUAUGGUUCUCCAAGCCAUCUAUGGCGACGACUACAUUGAGCAUAAAGCUGCUAACACCGCAUGGAAGAAAUCCGAGCCAUCUUUCGAUAUUCGCGUCAAGGCUUUGUCGGACGAAGAAGUGGCUAUUACUCUUGGAGUUGUGUUCACGGCGACUUACCCCAGGUCUGCUCCUUUGCUUAGUCUAAAGGACGAGGAAAACUUGAAGGAGUCUACGGUGUUUAAGCUGCAGAAGUUUAUCGAGACGAAGCCGAAGGCUUUGGUCGCGCUGGAGCAGCCAGAACCCAUGGUCCAUGAGUUGGCACAAGGUCUCCAAGAUAUCCUUGAGGACGCUGCUCAAGCAAAGGCUCAAGGACUAGAUUUGCCCUCGUUAGAAGAGGAGAGGGCGGCUCAUGAGGCCGAGUUAGCCAAACAGGCCCGAGAGCAGCAAGAGGAAGAGGCGCGUAAGAGACAGGAUGCAAUGAAAGAGGAAGAAAGAGUGAUGCAAGACAUGAUACAGAAAGAAGUCGACCGGCAACGAACAAGGGUCAAGGAAUCGAAGAAGAAAAAUAAGACGCUUGCGACACCAAGUAAUAAUCACUCUCAAACCUCCCGUAUCUUAGAAGCUGGAAGAAUUGAGUUUGAUCAAACAUGCCAAGUUGCCGACUCCGUCGGAAAUUCGUUUAUCUUCAACGUCGUUACGGGGAAAAGUGAAUUUCGCAAGGGACAGGUAGCGGCUACGUACUGUGUCUGGCCUGAGAUAUCCGGCGGGAGAAACGGGCCAAGCCUAGUUCUUAAAGAAUUCGAGUUACGAUCGACUUCCAAGGAAUCCGCUCAAUUCAAAAAGCAGUUACAAGCUUUGGAAGGGGAGUUAGAGACUGUUAAGAAGAUAUCGCACCGCAACAUUCUCGAGUUAUUAAAUUUUCGUAUUGAUCGAGAUCAUGGAGACGUCGAUUCAGCCACGAUGGCCUGGACCGCCCGAAUCUUAACCCCUCUAGCAGACAAGGGCCCGCUAGAAGAGCUGCUUGAUCUUGCGGGACAUCUUGAUGUCGGCAAAGUUCGCUCAUGGACCGCGGACCUUCUUAAUGCCUUGGGUCAUUUGCAUAGCCAUGGUAUUACUCACCAAGAUAUUCAUCCCGGAAACGUGCUUCUUUUCAGAGAAACAACAGGCGAUGUUAUUCCUAAGCUUUCGGAUAUCGCAUAUGAAAGAGAAUUGUAUCGUAUCUGCCGUAGGUCUCAGAAAAAUGCGUCUGCGAACUCUGCAAGGUCCACCUAUUGGCUGCCACCGGAGAUUGCUGGAAGUUCACGGCCGCAAUUUACCCAAAAAACCGACAUAUGGGAUCUCGGAGUCGUUUUCCUACAGAUGAUAUUUGGUCUAGAUGUCUUCCAAAAAUAUCAGUCUCCAGCUAUUCUAAUGGAUUCCCUCUCCUUGUCCAGACCCCUCCACGAAUUGGUGGCUAGGUUUUUCAAACUUGACCCUAAGAAACGCCCAAGGGCGUUUGAGUUGAGCUCCAGUGAGUUUCUGGCAACAGAUGCACCUGUCAUUGUCGAUGAUACCCCUUCCGUCUUUUCUCGUUCCCAAUCUCUGAGUUCCUUAACGCACGCGUUUCCUACAAGGCUUAGGCGUGAUUCUUCCACGCGCGGACCGACUUCUUCUAGAUAUAAGGAAGAUUUCGUCGAAGAAGCACGAUUAGGCAAGGGUGGCUUUGGCGAAGUUGUCAAAGCCCGUAAGAAGCUAGAUGGUCAAAUUUACGCGAUCAAGAAGAUCAGCCAGCGCUCUCAAUCAAGUCUUACCGAGAUAUUGAAAGAGGUGAGGCUACUUUCCCAGCUAAGUCACCCCGCGGUGGUGAGAUAUUAUAACACUUGGUUGGAGGAAAUACCCGACUUAUCAGACUCGGAAGAGGACACAUCCACCGAAGAUCUUAACGAGUCCAAAAACACCAAUUCCCAAGGCAUUGAUAUCCAAUUCGCCACUAGCACUGGAGGGUUGGACUUCAUUUCCUCAAGCCACCCCAAUAUCGAAUUCGGUUCAGAUGAAUCAGACACUGAAGAAAAUGACGAAUCAGAAGAAAGCGAAGAUGAUGACGAUGACGAGUCAGAUGUUGUUUCUGUUAUUAACGACUCCAUGCCUUCGCCUACAAGGGUCAGGAGUAGUCAACAAAAACACUAUAGAACCGUUAUGUACAUCUCCAUGGAGUAUUGCGAGAAGAGGACGCUGCGAGAUCUGAUUCAAAGGGACCUUUGGAAGGAAGCAGAGGAGAUCUGGCGUUUAUUUCGGCAGAUUUUAGAGGGCUUGGUUCAUAUUCAUGGGUUGAACAUAGUCCAUCGCGACCUUAAGCCGGAAAACGUCUUCAUCGGCCUCGGCCCUGAUGGGGUGAACAAUGUUAAGAUCGGUGACUUCGGAUUGGCUACUAGUGGCCACUUUGCCGCCGACAAAUCGAUCACAACUAAUCUAGAUGUCAGUGACUUGACGAGAAGCAUCGGAACAUCUUAUUAUGUUGCCCCCGAAGUCCGCAGGACUGGCGCAGGUUCAUAUACAUCGAAAGUUGAUAUGUAUUCUCUAGGUAUAAUAUUCUUUGAGAUGUGUUACCAUCCCGUUGUCGGUAUGGAAAGAGCGGAUAAGCUAGGAAAACUAGGAAAUUCAUCUCUGCUCCCCGAUGAUUUCCAGCCCGGUGACAAAGUAAAGUCGGAUAUCGUGCUUUCUUUAGUCACCCAUGACGUGAAAGAACGUCCUAGUAGUAUUGAGCUUCUGAGAAGUGGAAAGUUGCCCAUCCAGAUGGAAAAUGAGACGACACGCAGGGCGCUCGCAAGUCUCACAAGCUCUGCCUCGCCGUAUUACCCAAAAGUCGUCUCGGCAUUAUUCUCGACACCCGUGGAACCGACAAAGGAUUACGCUUGGGACUUAACAGCACCAAACCCUACCGCUACGGAAUUAUUGUACCAAAGUGCAGUCAAGGAGGAGUUGAUAUCCGUCUUUCGUCGUCACGGUGCAGUGGAGGCACCCAGGAGCUCGAUCUAUCCCCGAUCCUCCCACUACUCUCCAAAUCAAGAUGUCGUCCAGCUCCUGGACCAAAGUGGUACUGUAGUACAGUUGCCUUUUGACCUCAUGCUCGGGAACGCUAGAGUUUUGGCAAAACAUACGAAUUGUUCGAGGGUUCGAAAGUCUUUCACAUUCGGCAGCGUUUAUCGUGACAGACGAAGCGGUGCCCAACCACUGAUGAUUGGUGAGGUUGAUUUUGAUAUCGUCUCUACAGACACAUUAGACCUAGCUUUAAAGGAGGCUGAGGUCAUCAAGGUUCUGGAUGAAAUUAUAGACACGUUCCCUUCGACGUCGCCAAUGUGCUUUCAUCUAGGCCAUUCCGAUUUAUUGCAGCUCAUAUUCGAUUUCUGCAAUGUAGAUUUAAGCGCAAGGAGGCAAACCGCCGAGUCUCUCAGCAAGCUUAAUAUCCAUUCCUAUACUUUUCAAAAAAUUCGAGCGGAGCUUCGAUCACCCAUAAUCGGAAUAUCAGCUACGAGCAUUGAGGACCUGAAACGGUUCGAUUUUCGAGACACACCAGCAAAAGCAUUCGCUAAGCUCAAGGCCAUAUUCGAAGGCAGUCGAAUGUAUGAAAAACUACAGCCGACAUUAGCUCAUUUAAAGGACGUGGUCGAGUAUACCAAACGCCUCGGAGUCCACGCGAAGAUUUACGUCAACCCCUUAAGUAGCGUCAAAGAGAACUUUUUCUCCGGCGGAAUGCUAUUCCAGUGUCUCUAUGACAGGAAAUUCAAAGAUGUCUUUGCGGCUGGCGGUCGCUACGACAGUUUAAUUAAAGCUCACCAGCCAAAGAUAGGCGAAGGACCUCACGCAGUUGGUUUUAGCUUAGCAUGGGACAAAUUAGCACGGCCGCCAAAAAGCGGAGGGAAGGCUUUCUUGAAGAAGCCUGAGGAAGAAAUUCCCGGGAUUUUCAACACGAAACGAUGCGACGUCCUGGUCGCUAGCUUCGACGCACAUACUCUUCGCACGGCCGGCAUUGAAAUUCUUUCGACGCUAUGGUCCCACGACAUCAGCGCGGAGCUGGCUCGGGAUUCACGAUCUCCGGAAGAACUAACGUCUAGGAAUCGCGAUGAGACUUACUCAUGGAUUGUAAUCAUCAAGCAGGACAACGUGCUGAAGAUCAGGACCAUGGACCGCAAGGAGGUGCCGGACGUAGAGAUUUCGGCCUCUCAGCUCCUUCCAUGGCUACGUAUUGCCCUGCGCGAGCGCGGUUCUGCUAAACAAUCCGAGUUUGCUGGUGGCGCAGCGCCUAUCGCCUCAGGCGCAACCGUAUCACCAAAUCCAGACCAAGAGGUGCGCGUCCUCGUGGCCGGGACGCGGUCGAAAAAAUUUAACCGGCUGGUCGUCAUCGAGCAAGCCCAGGCCAACGCCGCGAGGCUCCUGCAGACAUUCUUGGACGGACCGAUCGCCGCUGUCGAGACCUCGGACGUCGUCCUCGAUUUAAUACAAGAAACCGCGCUUUCCGAUGCCGAGACCUGGCGUCGGGCCGAGCAGUCAGUAGACAAGAACGAGAGGAGGUACGUCCGCGAGAUCCAUGACAUGUUACAGGCGUGGCGGUCGGCUUGGGAGAAUAAGGAUGGCAGCCGCCAUGCUUUUGUUUACAAUUUUAGGACUACGAAGUGCAUCUGCUACGACCUUGGUGCGUGAAUACGGGCGCGCCGGAUGGUUCUGGGUAGGCGAGGGUUCAAUGGGUGGGAAGGAGGUGGAAUGACCUCAGUGUUGGGUCUGGUAGGUAGGGGAGAAGGUGGGAGAUAUAUACCCUGAAUGACUAUUUCUACUCUUUGCGA